CACAUAUACGGGGAAGAAUGUCCGCGUGCCAGGGAGUCUGAUUGGAGCUGCUAUUAGGAAGUACUGGCCGGGGAUGUACACUCCGGUCCUUGGAGGCGAGUCCAAGCUAGCCUACACUUGGGAAGACUUUGAGAUAGCGCCUUACCCUGGCUUUACUUCCGCCGCCGACGCCGUGAUCAAGAAGUUUUGGCGCAAUUAUAGGGUGGCGACUGAGCAUAAGGAGAGGGCGGACGUGAUCCUCCGUAACAUGUGUCGGAAGUUGACACGGCAGCAGUGGUACAACCAGAGGAUCACGUGCAUCGGCCACUUCUAUGCUGAGCAGGGCGUAAGGUACACAAAGCCUGAGAUUGUGCAGGGACUCGCCCCGGCUUUGACGAUAGAGGACUUCAUGCCGUGA